CCUCGACCCAGUACGGAUCGCUAAGAUUGAGAAGAGAUGCUUCGCCAUAUCGUGCUCCUCAUUCUGCUGUCUUCCGAAGUCAGAGGAGUCUGCAAUCGGAUACCCCAAGGUGCCAGUGGCCCUCGAUCGCCUGUGGAUGAUAACUUUAAGAUCCUUAUCGAUGGCAAUCCAGAGACCUAUGUGCCAGAACAUCAGUACAAUGUUUCGUUAUCCUGUCCAAUAAACAUGAAAUUCGUGAGCUUCACCUUGGUGGUCGAGGCUGAGGAUCCGUCGGCUGCCUUCGGUGGUCAGGAUAUGACCGGUCACUUUGAACUGCUGGGAGUCGGAGACACCCGAUUCAGUACCAGUUGUGAGAACAUGGUGGAGAACACAAAUACGAAUGCCAAGAUCUAUAUCGCGGUAUCCUGGAUAGCACCACGUAAUCCGGACAGCGGUUGUGUACUGAUUAAGGCUGGUGUGGUUCAACAUCGUGAUGUGUGGUUUCUGGACGAUGGCUUCCUGACCAAGCGGAUUUGUCCCGAGGAAAUCGACGAACUGAACAGCUUAACACCACCCUUGGAAACUUGCUGUGCCUGUGAUGAAGCCAAAUAUGAGAUUGUUCUGGAGCGAAAGUGGGCAAGGAACACCCAUUGGAAGGACUUUCCCUCUGAGGACUGGCGCACACGCUUGGGCGAGGUGAUUGGUGCUUCACAUAGCCACAGCUAUCGCUACUGGGCCUACGGAGGAAGAGCGAGCAAGGGCAUGAAGGAGUUGGCCGAGCACGGAGCUACACGUACCCUUGAGAAUGAGAUCAGGGAGAAUACUCAGAAUGGCGAGGUGAGAACUAUAAUAAAGGCUCCUGGAAUUCCCUAUCGUCCGAAAACAUUUGGCACAACCCUGGCCAAUGCUCGUCUGGAUCCAGUACACCAUCAGAUAUCGCUAGCAGCCAAGAUUGAUCCUUCACCCGAUUGGAUACUGGGCGUGGCUGGAUUGGAGCUUUGCUUGAGCAAUUGUACGUGGCUGGAGCGAAAGGUCUUGAAUUUGUAUCCCUGGGACAUCGGCACCGAUUCGGGACCAUCGUAUAUGUCCUCAGAUGAGCCACAAGUGCCACCGGAUGUGGUGCGCCGUAUAACAUCUUCGUAUCCCAGCGACCAUCGUUCGCCAUUUUACGAUGACACCGGUGCCCCAAUGAAACCCUUGGCCACACUCUACUUGACCCGGAAGAAACUCUACAUUAGGGAGUGCGAAGAGGUUCCCCAGGAAGGACCGCUGGAGUGCGCUGUACACCCUUGGAACGAGUGGACCAACUGCAGCACGCGAUGUGGUCAGGGCUACUCUCAUCGUCAGCGUAGCUUCAAGAAUCCCAAUCUAGCUGCCAACUUUAACUGCGAUAGGCGCUUGGAGGAGUUCCGCCAAUGCCAGGGAACCCAAUGUGGGGCAGCGGAGGAGGAACUGGAAGGCGAGGAGCCUGGCCUGGGCAUGGAAAAUCCCCCAAGUAGUGGCUCAAUGGCCGAGUGCCAGCUGACCAACUGGGGCGAGUGGUCACCGUGCACGAAGACAUGCGGCAGAGGAUCUUCCACACGUACCCGGGACUAUUACAAUCCGCAGGCCAGGCAGCGCUGUUUGUCCGUGAUGCGAAUACCGCUCGAGGAAACUCGGGAGUGCAUUGGAUCAGAUUGUGGUGGCACCAUUCCGGAUAAUGGCGAACUCGAUGGCUUUCCGGAACCAGAUGUGUUCGGAGAGACGGAUCACGGCGGUUACAUGGGCAAAACCACUUCUUGGAACAGUAAACAGGAGCAUUCCAGUCUAGGUUCCGGCAACCAGGCGUGGAAUAGAAAGCCCUACAAUUCGUGGAAAGAUAAAUCUCUUUCCAACCCUAGAGAUAACGCACAGGAGUCCCCAAACUUACCGUUCGAUCAGAUAGAAAAUCCUCAGAGACCUGCGUAUAAUCCAUCUGACAAUAUGGGUGGUUAUGACAAGGGCUUUCCUCCGACAAAUAGCUACAGCAAUGACAAGCUUGUGGGCAAUAGACCCGGCUACAAUGACUUCAAUUCGGACUAUAACAACAAGGACGCUUACAAUGAUUACACUACCCCUAGUUUUACAUCUCGCACUCCCUUUGGAAGUCGGUAUCCCAAUCAGCAGGAGACUGUGGAGGGAAAUACCAACGAUAUCAAUGGCAACUAUAAUGUGGUUCAAGAUUAUUGCUUUGAAAAGCCAUAUGCCUCGACUCUUCCCUGUUUCGCCAAACCGGUGGUGGAGAGCAAUUACUGGUUCUACGAUCACGAAGAUCACGAGUGCAAGAUCUUCACCACGGACAACUGUGAUCAGAAUAGAAACCGAUUCCGUACCCUGACGGCCUGCGAGGGCACCUGUCUGCAGCCCCAAAUAAACAUGGAGCGAUCCGAAAACGAUGCCAUGGACUUGUACGGAAGGAGAUCCUAUGACCAAAAACAAACGAGAGGUAGACCUUAUGAUCAAACGAGUGGAAUAGCUUAUGGUCAAACAGAAGGUAGAUCGUAUGAUCAAAAGGUUGGUAAAUCUUAUGAUCGAACAUUUGGUAGAUCAUAUAAGCAAACAGGAGGUGGAUCCUAUGAUCAACCAGAAGAUAGGUCCUAUGACUUAUCGACAGGUAGAAGCUAUGUCCAACCAGAAGACAGGUCCUAUGACUUAUCAAGAGGAAGAAGUUAUGAUCAACCGGUUGGAAGGUCCUAUGAUCUAGCAGGAGGUAGAUCCUAUGGAGAAACCAGUGAAGCAGGUGAUAUUGGAGAACCCAUGUCGCAGACCAGGAGCAGAUACGACACAUCCAGACGCGGUCGGUAUGGCGGCUGAACAAAUUAAAGCAUUUAAGUCGCCUAAAUUAGAAGAGAAUAAAUAUUAAUUUAUGGUAUAAUCAUG